AUGACUCACCCGGCGAACACUGAGCAAGGAGGCUCAUCAUCGUCGCUGGUCGAGUGGCAUCUACCCCGGGUCGUCCGCCCGUCAGCGUAUUCCACCUACGACUAUGCGCUGGUGAUACUCAACCAACCGGUCGGUAAUGAGCCGCUCUUUGACGAGCUAUGGAGUGGCGCAUCAGAAAGAGUCGCCGCUGACGGCGGGGCAAAUCGCGUCCUCCAGCUGAGCAAGCGCAAGGAGAAACAGCAGCAGCAGCAACAAACCCCAUCGUCCUCGUCCGGCGGGUGGUACAGAGACCUGGACACAAUCAUCGGAGAUCUGGACUCGCUCACGGACGAGGCGCGGUCAUUCUUCUCCUCCCCACUUCCAGCUACCGUGCAGACUUCCACUGAUCGCAACGACGAUACCCAGCACCGACCAAGCAGGACAUGUGACAUCAUCCACGACCCAGACCAGUACUCGACGGACUUCACCAAGGCGGUCCGCCACGUGCGCGCCAAGGCGCAAAGCUCCCGAUCCACGAGCCACAAUGGCGUCGGUGGCGACAGCGACAGCUCAAGCAAGCUGCCGCCGCCUUCCCUGCCGCCGCGCGACAUCAUCUGCCUUGGUGGUCUUGGCGGACGUGUCGACCAAGGGCUCAGCCAGCUGCACCACCUGUAUCUCUUCCAGCAGGACGCCGGGUCGUACGAGCGCGAGGGGAGGAUAUUCCUGCUCAGCGAGGAAGGCCUGACCUUCCUGCUGCAAGGUGGCAAGACGCAUCGGAUUCACGUGCGUGCAUCAUCAUCAUCAUCGUCGUCGUCAUCUGAAGCGGACAAAAAGGCAAGCGCGUUUGCGAAGCACGUCGGCAUCCUGCCGAUCCGCGAGCCCUCGGUCAUAUCGACGCGGGGGCUCGAGUGGGACGUGCAGGACUGGAAGACCGAGUUUGGCGGGCAAGUGAGCACGAGCAACCACGUCGUUGCGGACGUGGUGGAGGUGUGGACGACGCGGGACGUGUUGUUCACUAUUGCUCUGAAGAGGGACGACGGUUAUGAUGAUUAG